AUGGACAGCGCGGCCGGCCCCGCCUUCGCCCCGGACAAGCCGGCGCUAGGCCCGGGGCCGCCGCCGCCCGCGCUGGGGCCGGGCGACUGCGCCCAGGCGCGCAAGAACUUCACGGUUAGCCACCUCCUGGACCUGGAGGAGGUGGCGGCGGCCGGGCGGCUGGCGGCGCGCCCCGCGCCCAGGGCCGAGGCGCGGGAGGGCACGGCGCGCGAGCCGUCCGGGGGCAGCAGCGGCAGCGAGGCGGCGCCGCAGGACGGUGAGUGCCCCAGUCCCGGGCGCAGCAGCGCCGCCAAGCGGAAGAAGAAGCAGCGGCGGAACCGCACCACGUUCAACAGCAGCCAGCUGCAGGCGCUGGAGCGCGUGUUCGAGCGCACGCACUACCCCGACGCUUUCGUGCGGGAGGAGCUGGCCCGGCGGGUCAACCUCAGCGAGGCGCGCGUCCAGGUCUGGUUUCAGAACCGCCGGGCCAAGUUCCGCAGAAACGAGCGGGCCAUGCUGGCUAACCGCUCGGCCUCGCUGCUCAAGUCCUACAGUCAGGAGGCCGCCAUCGAGCAGCCGGUGGCUCCCCGGCCCACCACGCUGAGCCCGGACUAUCUCUCCUGGACAGCCUCGUCCCCCUACAGCACGGUGCCGCCCUACAGCCCUGGAGGCUCAGGCCCCGCGACCCCGGGGGUCAACAUGGCCAACAGCAUCGCCAGUCUCCGUCUCAAGGCCAAGGAGUUCAGCCUGCAUCACAGCCAGGUGCCCACCGUGAACUGA